AUGAUUGAAAGAGAUAUUACCGAUGUGUUGACUCUUCUCAAGGCUUCCAUUGAUGGCCUCUCAGCGAGAGUUGACGUUUGUGAGAGAGAGCACGGUGUUUCAACUGAGGUUAUAGCUUUGAAAGUCAAUGUUUCUGAGCUGAGGAAGGAAGUUAACCAGCUUAAGUCCACAGACUUCACUCCUCUAUUUGGGACAGUGGAGAUCCACAAUGAUCUGAGUGCUGAGAUUCCAGCUUGUGUUGAGGUACCUCUGGCUACCACCAAAGAUGAUAUUAUGCAGGAUGUUGUUGCUGCUGAGUAUGAGGCUGAGACCAAUGAGGAGCAUCUUGCGGAGCGAGAUGCGGCUAUUUAUGAGGGUAUGGCCAACUUAGAGGGUGCCAUGUUCGAGACAUGA